UGCAGUUUCCUCUUCUCUCAUUAAGGAGCGAUCCAACAGCUGAAACGCCACUGAAUCGCGGUCUCUUAAGUUUAUUCCUUCAGGUGUAGCGGGUUGGCUGUGGCUAGCUAAACCUUGGCACUUUUACGUUUCGAAUGGGGCAGCUCCGAGAAGACUUUCCUAAUGGAGGAGGAUGGAUUGCCCCCAGUGCCACAGGGAAUGUGGGCAGAAUGACAAGUUCUGCAGUGAAUGCGGCUACAGACUGUGCUGUGCAAGGACACCUGUCACAGAGCUUUCUGUACCUGGGAACUUGAUAGUAGACCUUACAGUCAGCAUUUCUGGAGCAGAACCCAGCCGCAGUUCUGCCGUCGUCCACAGGGUUGUGCUGUCGGACCUGCAGCCGGUAACUGAAUGCACUGCCACCGUCUCCACGGCGAUGGAAGAAGAGGUGCUGAGUAAUGCCACCCCCAAAACCUCCAACAGAAACUCUGACCAACAAGAAAGGCCUGAGCACCCAGUCAGUGAGAGCCAAGUCCACUCUGAUAACCACACCCACAGUAGUGACCACACCCACAAUGAUAACCACGCCCACUCUGAUGACAGCACCCAGUCCCAGAGCCUUGGCCCCCCUGACACUGGCUCUCCUGAAGAUGAGGCAGAGGAAACUUUAAAAGAGCAAAAAGAAAAAGACGAGCCACAGUCAAGUCUGUUGGAAUCUGAGACCCAGCAGAGAGACAUUACACCUGCUGAGCACAGCACACCUGGCACACCUGCCCCAGAGCUUACUGUACCUGGGAAGUUGACAGCGGACAGGCUUCGUCUUUUCCAACCGUCGGUCAGCAGCUUUAGAACAGAGCGCUGGCGCAGUUUUAUCUCUGCCCACAAGGCUGUGCUGUUGGACCAGAAGCCGGGAACUGAAUGCACUGCCACCGUCUCCACGGCGAUGGAAAAUGGGGUGCUGAGUGAUGCCACCCCCAAAACCUUCAACAGAAACUCUGACCAACAAGAAAAGCCUGAGCACCCAGUCAGUGAGAGCCAAGUCCACUCUGAUAACCACACCCACAAUGAUAACCACACCCACUGUAGUGACCACACCCACUCUGAUGACCACACCCACUAUGAUAACCACACUGAUUCCAAGAGCCUUGGCCCCCCUGACACUGACCCUACCGAAGUUGAGGCAGAGGAAACUAUGAAAAAGAAAAAGGACAAAUCACAUACAAGUUGGCUGGAAUCAGAGAACCAGCAGAGAGACAUAACACCUGCUGAGCAGAUCACACCUGGCACACCUGCCCCAGAGCCAUCUGCCCCUGAGAGGGUGGAAGCCACUUAUGUGCAGAGCAGGUCAGUGAGACUGUGCUGGGAAAGACCGGUCAGCAUGGAGGGAGUUUCUCAUGAGAUCCACAUCACCUACGGCUGUGAGGGAGAAGAGUCCAGAUCACAGAUAUGUGCACCCAACACCACCACAGCUGUCCUUACUGAUCUGAGACCUGGGGUGGAAUAUACUUUCAACCUCACUGCAGUCCUUCCAAACGGAAUCUGCAGCAAGACCAGCUCAACAUGCAUACACACAAAGCCAUCUGCCCCUGGGAGGGUGGAAGCCACUGAUGUGAAGACCAAAUCAGUGACUCUGUGCUGGGAAAGACCGGUCAGCAUGGAGGGAGUUUCUCAUGAGAUCCACAUCACCUACUGCUGUGAGGGAGAAGAGCCCAGAUUACAGAUAUGUGCCCCCAAAACCACCACAGCUGUCCUUACUGAUCUGAGACCUGGGAUGACAUAUACUUUCAACCUCACUGCAGUCCUUCCAAACGGCAUCUGCAGCAAGACCAGCUCAACAUGCACAGAAACGAAGCCAUCUGCCCCAGGGAGGGUGACAGCCACUGAUGUGCAGAGCAGGUCAGUGACUCUGUGCUGGGAAAGACCAGUCAGCAUGGAGGGAGUUUCUCAUGAGAUCCACAUCACCUACUGCUGUGAGGGAGAAGAUCCCAGAUUACAGAUAUGUGCCCCCAACACAACCACAGCUGUCCUUUCUGAUCUGAGACUUGGGAUGGAAUAUAUUUUCAACAUCACUGCAGUCCUUCCAAACGGCAUCUGCAGCAAGACCAGCUCAACAUGCAUACACACAAAGCCAUCUGCCCCUGGAAGGGUGGAAGCCAUUGAUGUGCAGAGCAGGUCAUUGACUCUGUGCUGGGAAAGACCGGUCAGCAUGGAGGGAGUUUCUCAUGAGAUCCACAUCACCUACUGCUGUGAGGGAGAAGAGCCCAGAUCACAGAUAUGUGCACCCAACUCCACCACAGCUGUCCUUUCUGAUCUGAGACCUGGGAUGACAUAUACUUUCAACCUCACUGCAGUCCUUCCAAACGGCAUCUGCAGCAAGACCAGUUCAACAUGCACAGAAACAAAGCCAUGUGCCCCAGGGAGGGUGGAAGCCACUGAUGUGCAGAGCAGGUCAGUGACUCUGUGCUGGGAAAGACCGGUCAGCAUGGAGGGAGUUUCUCAUGAGACCCACAUCACCUACAGCUGUGAGGGAGAGGGUGAAGAGCCCAGAUCACAGAUAUGUGCACCCAACACCACCACAGCUGUCCUUACUGAUCUGAGACCUGGGAUGGAAUAUACUUUCAACCUCACUGCAGUCCUUCCAAACGGCAUCUGCAGCAAGACCAGCUCAGCAUGCAUACACACAAAGCCAUGUGCCCCUGGGAGGGUGGAAGCCACUGAUGUGCAGAGCAGGUCAGUGACUCUGUGCUGGGAAAGACCGGUCAGCAUGGAGGGAGUUUCUCAUGAGACCCACAUCACCUACGGCUGUGAGGGAGAAGAGCCCAGAUCACAGAUAUGUGCACCCAACUCCACGACAGCUGUCCUUUCUGAUCUGAGACCUGGGAUGACAUAUACUUUCAACCUCACUGCAGUCCUUCCAAACGGCAUCUGCAGCAAGACCAGCUCAACAUGCAUACACACAAAGCCAUCUGCCCCUGGGGGGGUGGAAGCCACUGAUGUGCAGAGCAGGUCAGUGACUCUGUGCUGGGAAAGACCGGUCAGCAUGGAGGGAGUUUCUCAUGAGAUCCACAUCACCUACGGCUGUGUGGGAGAAGAGCCCAGAUCACAGAUAUGUGCACCCAACACCACCACAGCUGUCCUUACUGAUCUGAGACCUGGGAUGGAAUAUACUUUCAACCUCACUGCAGUCCUUCCAAACGGCAUCUGCAGCAAGACCAGCUCAACAUGCAUACAGACAGAGCCAUGUGCCCCUGGGAGGGUGGAAGCCACUGAUGUGCAGAGCAGGUCAGUGACUCUGUGCUGGGAAAGACCGGUCAGCAUGGAGGGAGUUUCUCAUGAGAUCCACAUCACCUACAGCUGUGAGGGAGAAGAGCCCAGAUCACAGAUAUGUGCCCCCAACACCACCACAGCUGUCCUUUCUGAUCUGAGACCUGGGAUGAAAUAUACUUUUAACCUCACUGCAGUCCUUCCAAAUGGCAUCUGCAGCAAGACCAGCUCAACAUGCACAGAAACAAAGCCAUGUGCCCCUGGGAGGGUGGAAGCCACUGAUGUGCAGAGCAGGUCAGUGACUCUGUGCUGGGAAAGACCGGUCAGCAUGGAGGGAGUUUCUCACGAGAUCCACAUCACCUACAGCUGUGAGGGAGAGGGUGAAGAGCCCAGAUCACAGAUAUGUGCACCCAACACCACCACAGCUGUCCUUACUGAUCUGAGACCUGGGAUGAAAUAUACUUUCAACCUCACUGCAUUCCUUCCAAACGGCAUCUGCAGCAAGACCAGCUCAGCAUGCAUACACACAAAGCCAUCUGCCCCUGGGAGGGUGGAAGCCACUGAUGUGCAGAGCAGGUCAGUGACUCUGAGCUGGGAAAGACCGGUCAGCAUAGAGGGAGUUUCUCACGAGAUCCACAUCACCUACGGCUGUGAGGGAGAAGAGCCCAGAUCACAGAUAUGUGCACCCAACUCCACGACAGCUGUCCUUUCUGAUCUGAGACCUGGGAUGACAUAUACUUUCAACCUCACUGCAGUCCUUCCAAACGGCAUCUGCAGCAAGACCAGCUCAGCAUGCAUACACACAAAGCCAUCUGCCCCUGGGGGGGUGGAAGCCACUGAUGUGCAGAGCAGGUCAGUGACUCUGUGCUGGGAAAGACCGGUCAGCAUGGAGGGAGUUUCUCAUGAGAUCCACAUCACCUACGGCUGUGUGGGAGAAGAGCCCAGAUCACAGAUAUGUGCACCCAACACCACCACAGCUGUCCUUACUGAUCUGAGACCUGGGAUGGAAUAUACUUUCAACCUCACUGCAGUCCUUCCAAACGGCAUCUGCAGCAAGACCAGCUCAACAUGCAUACAGACAGAGCCAUCUGCCCCUGGGAGGGUGGAAGCCACUGAUGUGCAGAGCAGGUCAGUGACUCUGAGCUGGGAAAGACCGGUCAGCAUAGAGGGAGUUUCUCACGAGAUCCACAUCACCUACGGCUGUGAGGGAGAAGAGCCCAGAUCACAGAUAUGUGCACCCAACUCCACGACAGCUGUCCUUUCUGAUCUGAGACCUGGGAUGACAUAUACUUUCAACCUCACUGCAGUCCUUCCAAACGGCAUCUGCAGCAAGACCAGCUCAACAUGCAUACACACAAAGCCAUGUGCCCCUGGGAGGGUGGAAGCCACUGAUGUGCAGAGCAGGUCAGUGACUCUGUGCUGGGAAAGACCGGUCAGCAUGGAGGGAGUUUCUCACGAGAUCCACAUCACCUACAGCUGUGAGGGAGAGGGUGAAGAGCCCAGAUCACAGAUAUGUGCACCCAACACCACCACAGCUGUCCUUACUGAUCUGAGACCCGGGAUGAAAUAUACUUUCAACCUCACUGCAUUCCUUCCAAACGGCAUCUGCAGCAAGACCAGCUCAGCAUGCAUACACACAAAGCCAUCUGCCCCUGGGGGGGUGGAAGCCACUGAUGUGCAGAGCAGGUCAGUGACUCUGUGCUGGGAAAGACCGGUCAGCAUGGAGGGAGUUUCUCAUGAGAUCCACAUCACCUACGGCUGUGUGGGAGAAGAGCCCAGAUCACAGAUAUGUGCACCCAACACCACCACAGCUGUCCUUACUGAUCUGAGACCUGGGAUGGAAUAUACUUUCAACCUCACUGCAGUCCUUCCAAACGGCAUCUGCAGCAAGACCAGCUCAACAUGCAUACAGACAGAGCCAUGUGCCCCUGGGAGGGUGGAAGCCACUGAUGUGCAGAGCAGGUCAGUGACUCUGUGCUGGGAAAGACCGGUCAGCAUGGAGGGAGUUUCUCACAAGAUCCACAUCACCUACGGCUGUGAGGGAGAAGAGCCCAGAUCACAGAUAUGUGCACCCAACUCCACCAAAGCUGUCCUUACUGAUCUGAGACCUGGGAUGGAAUAUACUUUCAACCUCACUGCAGUCCUUCCAAACGGCAUCUGCAGUAAGACCAGCUCAACAUGCAUACACACAAAGCCAUCUGCCCCUGGAAGGGUGGAAGCCAUUGAUGUGCAGAGCAGGUCAUUGACUCUGUGCUGGGAAAGACCGGUCAGCAUGGAGGGAGUUUCUCAUGAGAUCCACAUCACCUACUGCUGUGAGGGAGAAGGGCCCAGAUCACAGAUAUGUGCACCCAAUUCCACCACAGCUGUCCUUUCUGAUCUGAGACCUGGGAUGACAUAUACUUUCAACCUCACUGCAGUCCUUCCAAACGGCAUCUGCAGCAAGACCAGUUCAACAUGCACAGAAACAAAGCCAUGUGCCCCUGGGAGGGUGGAAGCCACUGAUGUGCGGAGCAGGUCAGUGACUCUGUGCUGGGAAAGACCGGUCAGCAUGGAGGGAGUUUCUCAUGAGACCCACAUCACCUACAGCUGUGAGGGAGAGGGUGAAGAGCCCAGAUCACAGAUAUGUGCACCCAACACCACCACAGCUGUCCUUACUGAUCUGAGACCUGGGAUGGAAUAUACUUUCAACCUCACUGCAGUCCUUCCAAACGGCAUCUGCAGCAAGACCAGCUCAACAUGCAUACACACAAAGCCAUGUGCCCCUGGGAGGGUGGAAGCCACUGAUGUGCAGAGCAGGUCAGUGACUCUGUGCUGGGAAAGACCGGUCAGCAUGGAGGGAGUUUCUCAUGAGACCCACAUCACCUACAGCUGUGAGGGAGAGGGUGAAGAGCCCAGAUCACAGAUAUGUGCACCCAACACCACCACAGCUGUCCUUACUGAUCUGAGACCUGGGAUGGAAUAUACUUUCAACCUCACUGCAGUCCUUCCAAACGGCAUCUGCAGCAAGACCAGCUCAGCAUGCAUACACACAAAGCCAUGUGCCCCUGGGAGGGUGGAAGCCACUGAUGUGCAGAGCAGGUCAGUGACUCUGUGCUGGGAAAGACCGGUCAGCAUGGAGGGAGUUUCUCAUGAGACCCACAUCACCUACAGCUGUGAGGGAGAGGGUGAAGAGCCCAGAUCACAGAUAUGUGCACCCAACACCACCACAGCUGUCCUUACUGAUCUGAGACCUGGGAUGGAAUAUACUUUCAACCUCACUGCAGUCCUUCCAAACGGCAUCUGCAGCAAGACCAGCUCAGCAUGCAUACACACAAGACCUAGUCUGGAUGAGCUGGUGUGUGACUUGGGACUGGAAGACCACCUGAAGAACAAGCUGACUCUGAACAAAGUGCUGGAGAUUGAUGGAGAGACUUUAACUGAUGAAAGCAUCCAGUCUCUGAAAUCUCUGCCAUGGUGUUUCCUGAGGAGAUUGAUGAUGAUGAAUGUGACUGCUAGGAGUGUGAGGUGCGCCACAGAACAGGACUUGACUUCCCAAAACCUGGACAGCUUAAUGGACACUGUGUGCAAUCCACAGGGCCACAGCAACAGAGUCAACCCUCUGGACCUCAUAACUUCUGUGUUUCUCUGCUCAGAUGGCUUUCUCCAGCAGGAGAUGGUUUUGAAAAUGUCCAUGUGCCAGUUCUCUGUGCCUCUGCUGCUUCCUAAAUGUGACACACAGCAGUGCACUUUAAUGCUCUGGGCCAUGAGGGAUAUUGUGAAAAAGUACAAGCCGCACUCUUUGACAGACCCAAGUGGGUUUGUGGAGGAGAACGUUGUUCUCUCUAAGCUCCCCAUGGUCUCUUUUGUGAGGCUGAGAAACAGCAGCUUGUCCAAGUCUCUGAUUCUGAACCAAGUUCUCAGCAACCCUGAGCAGCACCACAACUCCUUUGUUCACAGAAACAUGGAGUGCGGUAACACCCCAAGGAGGAUUUCCAACGGGCUGGUGGAGAUCAGCUGGUAUCUGCCCUGUGGGAAGAGAACCAUUGACAUCUUCUCUGAGCCACUGGCUAUAGCUAACCUCCGUGGGGACCUCAGGGACUUUGAAACUCAAUACGAUUUCCUCUGCCAAACCUCUGCUGCCAUAUUUGUGUUUUGUGAUGAUUUUGGGUUUGAUUACAAAAUUUUGGACUCCAAGAAACUUCAGGCUCAUUUGUACUUGAUCAUCAAUUCACAGAGCAAGAGUUUCAAUACAGAUGACUUCAAGAGAUGUGUUUCUGAGUUACAGAUAAAACCCAGUCACAUCAUUAUAAAGGGUCCGCAGGUGAACGAUGCAGAAAUUGUGAGUUACUUGCGUUCAGCUAUGACUGACAUUUUAAAGGGAAACAUGGUCAAAAUGAGUGUUGAAGGGAUGUCUGCUGUUGCCCAUGAAGUUGGGAUCCAGGUUGAUGAAGAUUAUAUCGACUGUCAGAGGGGCAAGCAGAACGCUGAUGAAAUCACAAGAAGGAUUUCUGAUAUACCAAGCUUCAAGGAGAAAGAGCUGCCCUUGCAAGGGAGUGCAUGGAAACAGCUGGCUAAACUGGAAAAGGAAGAGUGCAGGAUGAAAAAUGCUGGGAACAAAAACAUAGAAGAGUACAGGUAUGAGCUUGCAGAUCAGAAGCAGCAGCUUAGAGCACAGCAGAGGGCUCACAACAUCUCAGAGUCUAUGUCCCGUUUCAUCUCCGCGAUGUCUGGUUCCACAGAGGAGCGCAAGUAUUUCCUCAAGUGGAUGAGGAUCAACCUGGACAACCUGUCACGCAAAAGCCUUCCACUCCUUCAGGCCGAGUACAAGGAACGGUGUCAGAAUUCCUCAGAAAACAAGGAGCUCAUUGCAGAGUUGGACAGGAAGAUCUCCAGUUGCUCCUUGGGGACAGAGCACUUCCUGCGGGAAAUGGGUCUGCUGUACGAGUCGGCCUGCUCACUCCCCAAAUUCCCCACCCCUCAGAUUCAGCACCUGCCACGUCUUUGUGCUGAGCUGCUGCAGGAAGGCUUUCCUCUGGAGCUGGUGGAUGGAGAUGCAUCCAACAUUCCUCUGCAGUGGGUGACUCAGGUUCUGAAGGUUCUAGAUCAACUAACACAGUAUAAAUGUAAGAUCCGGGUGGUGACUGUACUGGGGGUGCAGAGCACUGGGAAGUCUACCCUCCUGAACGCCAUGUUCGGGGUCCAGUUUGCCGUCAGUAGUGGCAGGUGCACAAGAGGGGCCUUCAUGCUCCUCAUCAAAGUAAAAGAGGAUUUUAAAGAGCAGCUUGGGUGUGAUUACAUCAUGGUUAUUGACACUGAAGGUCUGAAGUGCCCAGAGUUGGCCCAGUUGGAUGACAGUUACGAGCAUGAUAAUGAACUGGCCACUCUGGUGGUGGGGCUGAGUGACAUCACAGUCAUCAACAUCGCCAUGGAGAACUGCACAGAGAUGAAGGACCUCCUGCAGAAUGUGGUGCAUGCCUUCCUGCGCAUGAAAGAAGUUGGGAGAAAACCCUGCUGCCAGUUUGUGCACCAGAAUGUACCAGACAUCUCUGCUCAUGAAAAUAACAUGAGAGACAGGAAGAUUCUGCUGGAGCAGCUGAAUGAGAUGACCCAAGCAGCAGCUAAGAUGGAGAAGAGGGGAAACAACUACAGAUUUACUGAUGUCAUGGAGUACGAUCCAGAGAGAAACACCUGGUACAUCCCUGGGCUCUGGCAUGGCAUCCCUCCCAUGGCACCGGUGAAUGCUGGCUACAGUGAGGCUGUGAAUCUGUUCAAGAGGAGUGUGAUUGAGCAUUUUAAAGAACACAAAUCUGGAAAGAGCUCACCACACACAUUCAGAGAGUUCCUUGAAUGGACCAGGAGUUUGUGGGAGGCAGUGAAGUAUGAGAACUUCAUCUUCAGCUACCAUGACAGCCUGGUGCCUGAUGCUUAUACUCAGCUUUGCACUGAGUUCAGCAAAUUGGAGUGGGAGUUCAGGAAGAACAUGUACUCCUGGUUAAUGGAAGCUGAGACAAAGGUGUCAAACUUUGGCACAAUAGCAGGGCAGAUUCAGCCAUCCUCAAAGGUGGACGACUUACUGUGCAGCCUGAAAUAUGAGGCCUCCCUAGAACUCACUAAAGGGGAAAAGCUCAUUUUGGACAACCUCGCUGAAUUCUACGAGAGGUCUGAAGGACACGUUUUCUUAGUAGAGAAGUACAAGGAGGAAUUUAUCAACUCAGCCAAAACUAUUCGGAAGGAGACAGAGAACUCUGUUCAAAACAAGCUAGAGGCAGCUGUGGAGAUCAGAAAGGGUACGUUCAGGUUAGAGAACAUCAAGAAAAAUUAUACAGCUGUAAUGGAGCAAAAGGUUCUGGACCUGGUGGAGAAAUGCAGGAAAAGUAAAGUUCUGUCAGAUCAACAGCUGAGGGAUGAAUUUGACCAGAUGUGGAAUGACACUGUGGCAGAACUAAAGUUCUCUGGCCUGGAAAAACAAGAUAUUGUCCAAACUAUCCUCCACCACCUAUGGGUUAACUUAGAGAUGAAAGGCAGCUCUGUACGUGAAAUGCUGUCCAAAGUGGGUGACUUGUCUGAAUGUGGAAGGGAACCAUUCGAAGUGAAGAGAGAAAGAGUGUUUAAAAGGAUGUGGAACAAAUUUUUUGACCAUGAGCAGAAGAUAAAGACACAAAACAUGGUUGAUCACAUCAUCGAGUGCAGCAGGCAGUUUGUCUUUGAGAAAGAGAGAACAAGGUCUGAUUACCAUAACACGUAUAUCACAGACCUGUUUCGCAUGGUAGAUGAACACCUGGACAGGCACAGGGAUCUGGAAACAAGUGCUGAGUUUCAGGCCAGUCUGAAGAUUCACAUCUGUGGACAUGCAGCACGGGAGUUUCAAAAAAUGCAUUUGGAUUUUAUCCGUGCAAAUGAUCCACGUUGCUGUCUGGAGCGGUUCAAGCAACAGUACUGCACUGACUUUAAGGACCUGUUCAAUAAAAGAGACCAGUGUCAGAAGAAAGCAGAGGAGUUCACCUACAACUGUCUUGCACCUGCGGUGAAGGAGGUCAUCACUAAGUCUCUGGGCCCUGACCUUGUUGAUGAAGUGUUGACAGAAAAGAAAGCCAAGGAUUUCAGCACUCAAACCUUCUUCCAGUUCUUAAUCCUCAAGCAGCUGCUUUCAGAUGAUGACUUUGAGAGCUUUGAGAAUUACAUAAGUAAUUAUGAGGACUUUGUGCACGACUGGAUAUUAACGCAGAUGGUACAGCAGUUCUCAGAGGGAGAUGUUCUCGGGAACAUUGAGAUGAAGCAUCUGAAGGCGAUGGUUCAUCGAUUAAAGGAAGCCAUUAAUAAUGCAGAGAGGAAGACCAAUGAAAGAGUGACAGAAAGGGGUGAGGAGGACCAGAACAUUCAGCAGUUCAUUCAGGAUAUCUGUAGUGACCUACAGGAGCUCGCCAUCCCCAAAGACCCCCUCAGAGCUGUCCUGGCCUUAAACACUGCCAAGCCAGAAGACUUUUCCAGGUGUUUGAAGGCGCUUGUGGAUGAAAUGGAGCAGUUCUUUACUGCAGAGUUUCAGAGAGGUAGGGAUGUGAGGGCCAGGCUGUCCUCACUGCCCUUUCAGCCACAGAAGGAGCUGUUUAACAGGGUGUUUGGCUGUGGGAGGCAGUGUCCCUUCUGCAUGACCCCGUGUGAAGCAGGCGGCAAGAAUCACGCAGAGCACUUUGCCUCCAUUCACCGUCCUCAGGGGAUCGGGAGAUUCAGAGAUAAGGACUCCUGUAAAUUACUGACUGAUAUCUGCUCCUCCUGUGUUGCCAGUGAGAGAACAUUCAGGUCGAGUGAAACAGAGGGGAAAUGGCAUCCAUACAAGGACUAUCAGAGCAUUUACCCUGACUGGCGCAUCCAGCCUGACACCAGCAUCCAGUCCUCAGACUACUGGAAGUACGUCUUCAACAGGUUUAACAAGAAGUUUGCCAAAGUAUAUGACUAUAAGCCUGCAGACAUCCCCUCUCUUUGGAGAGAUAUAACCCAAGACCGAGCCAUGAAAAGCCUGGAGGAAUCCUUCCAGAUGAAAACAGAAGGAGAUUAAAUUAAAUGGAUUAUAUGGCUGCUGUGUCAGUCAGGUUGAAAAUGUAUUUUCUGAGUGGCAUUAAUAAAUAGUCUACUCACACAUAUCAUGGCUAAUCACAAAAAGUGCCCCAACCAAGUUGAAUCCUAUGAAAGAAAGGGCCAUAGGUUAAAAAUAAAAAUACAAUAAAAAUAAAACACAUUUCAAAAAGGGAGCGUUAAAUUAAAUCAUCACUGAUGUUAAGAAAGAGAGAUAAUCACUAAUGCAUACAUAACUGCGUUUUUGCAGCCUUCACUGAGCUGUCUCUGAUACUCAGAUACAGGUAUUAUACAUAUAACCAGUCAUUAUACAUAUAAAACCACAUACAUUCUAAAAGGUGAUAUUGUCAUAACCUAUGCAGCUUUUAUCUAUACACACUGUCUAAGUUAGCAUGGCUGAGCUUUGUUCAUUAUUCCAUUGUUUAGAUGCAUAAUCAGGGAUGGUAACUAGGCUGAGAUAUUUUAAGUUGUUUAAUUUUGUGACCUUCUCUAUAUCAGAAAGAAUACUUUUAACGAAAAUACAAAUUACAUUUUAUGUUUUAUUCUAUGCUUCCUAUAAUGCAUUUUUUCUAUUAAUAAAGCACAUAACCUUUAUGUAUUAUUGAUAAUA